AUGCGGGAUUAUUCUUUGCAGAACUUCGUCCUAAAAAGGAUAAGAUUUGCUUCUGAGGAUCCGCGGGCAAAACGCUGUGGCCUUCUUGGGUCCAAUCGUGAACCGAAAAAUCACUCCGGGUCCAAACGUCUGACAGCACUGCACAGCAUUGAGUACUUCCUGUCGAUAAAUGGAAAUGCAGGCGAAAUGUGCAGGGCCUUCAGGGAGGAGCUGUUUCCAACGGAAGUGCCAGUGACCACCGCAGAGAGGGAAUUCCCCUUGGCAUUCCACCUUGCCGUCUACAAAAGCAUCAAUCAGGUGGCGCGCCUACUGCGGCUCAUCCAUCGACCACACAAUUUCUACGUCAUCCACGUUGACAGGAAGUCUGCACGGAACUUCCACGAGGCAGUUCAUGAGGUGUCCAAGUGUUUCGGCGACAAUGUCUUGGUUGUUCCCCGGAACGAGAGCAUUGCGGUCGUCUGGGGUCAGUACACGGUGCUGGAAAUAGAACUGCUUGCCGCGCGAUUGCUUUUGCAAAUGGGACAAUGGAAGUAUUUGAUUAAUCUGACUGGCCAGGAAUUGCCUUUGAAGACUAAUCUGGAACUCGUACUGGCGCUUCAGAUGGCCAAUGGCUCAAAUUUGGUCGAGGCCACUUUCAAAGGUCGCGCCAGACAUCUUAUUCCGGAGGUGAAGUUAUCAUUUCCGGUGAGUAUGAUUCUCUGGAAUGCGAAUCCCUAUCAGAUCGAUGAGAAAAUAUAUAUUGGAUAUUGUUUGCGCACGAACCCUCAUUUUGCAACACACUGAACGCUGGCAGAGUUGUACUGCUUCUUGUUCUCCUGGCAACAGUAGGCAGUAUGCGGUUAAUGAUAUAUGGUACCCCUUCCCAAAUAGAAUAGCCUUGACUUAGUAAAGAUGAUGGGAAGUACUGCUCGUUAACCUGUAAGUUGAGACUGGGAAUACUAACUGUUGUUCAAGCGCGUUUAGUAACCAAAUUACAGGGCAUGCUCGUUCCCAAAUUCUGCUUACGGGAACGGCCGGCUCAGUUGUAGAGUGAGAAACUUCCUGAUGAUCGGUGAGUAAAAAUCUUGUGCCCGAGCCGCAGGUUGAGUAUAUUUGGCUGAUGAGAACUAAUAGCCCGGAAAUGGCCAUUCCGAUCACCAUUAUAUUUGCCAACCACCCUCUCUUCAUAUGCACAGAAGAACUCGUCAGAAAAAUUCACACAAAAAGGCGUGGUUUGUUAAGUUACAAAUGGUUUACUUUAAUGAAGGUCAUCGAAUCAGAAGACGACUGCAUGACAGGUCAGUUAGUUUCGACUUAAUGGAACUAGCAGCAUGGAUGAGAAAAAUAAGGCAACGGGAAAAUAGCGAAGAACAACGUAUUAGUUCCUCGCUAAUUGUCCUCUGCGUGUAAUACACUUUCAACUACGGCGGGCAUAGAAACAACGAAGUUGUCGAUGGUGGGCUAGUCUGCAUAAUUAUCAAGCGCGACAUUCAGUGUUGGUUGCAUUAAAAAGGGUUUCCUUGUCCUGUCAGUUUUUCCUUUGAAAAGUACAAAUAAAUUUUCGAUCAGGUUGAGCUCUGGGUUGGUGGUAGGAGAAACAUUCAUCAUAGGCCGCAUGGAGGUAGGCUGGCUGUAGUCUAAGAAGUAGGAUUAUUUUCAUAGCUUAUAUAUAUAUAUGUUUGGCAGAAUAACAUUACCGACAAAGACAAGGGAGGCUGGAGUGGCCGUUUCUGGCUUAUUGGCCGUCGUCAGCAAGUCAUACCCAACCCCGAAGUGUGGAACACCUGGCACUCGAUCCCGCUACACGCUGGUUAGAAGUUCAACUCUUCUAACUACUGAGCCACGGACUCGUUGUCUUGUCGGUUGAGAUCGGAAAUAUACAGCAGUCUCCCCAGUAUUUGUCGGUAGUUAUUCUGCCUAUAUUACAUGCUGCUAUGCGGCUGUUGGUUGGGCUCGAGAGUCCCAACGCACAACGGAAUGAGUUAGUUCCCUAACACGACUGGUGAGCGCCCAACCACCAUAGGACAGCGAGACCGUGGCUCACUGGUAGUAUAAAACUCCGCCCAUCUGUCAUAAUUAAUAUUCCCGAUCACAACCGACAGGACAACGGGCCCGUGGCUCAAUGGUAGAGCGUCAAACUCCAUGACCAAAGAUCCCGGGUUCGAAUCUCAAGUGACCCACACUUGGGGUUGGGUAUGACAGACUGAUGACGGCUAAUAAGCCAUAAAUGGCCAUCUUGGUCUCCCUUGAUUUGUCGGCAUCAUGUCAUAUAUAUAAAUAUAUGAGAAGAAAAGGCGAUCUCGGGAACCAUAGUUUUACUGUCCUGACGUUUCAAAAGCAUACAAGCUUCCAUCGUCGGAGGUGAGUGUGGUAUCGCGCCUCACAGUAUUUAUAGGUGGGUGACAGUCAUGUCAAGACGGGUUUUUUUACGUAUGAAGUCAGGGCAGCAGGGAGGAAGGGGCGGGGAGGGAGUCCUAGAGCGUCUUCUCGCCGGAUGAGGGGGGGGGACGGUGGAUCAGCGUUAGUGGUCACCAGCGCCUGCACACAGAGACUGUGGCGGACGGGGGGGGGAGGGUGACGGAAUGUACUCAAUCGACAUCGGGGGCCGGCGUUGAGACGUUGGUGGUCGUCGUCCGUACCUUCAUUGACCUUAGCGGAUGGCAAUCUUGUUUACGCCACGACGACUGUCCGCCUUCUCGGCCGCCGGACUAGUAGAUGGAACGGCCGUGGUGAAGACUGCGCCUUCGUUGGAACCAGGUUGAGGGGUGACUGAGUGUGCAUCCGCCAUGGACUCGCUCAUGUCUGGAUUCAUGAUUAGCCUGACUGCACUUCUGCUCAUCUGUUUACUGAGCUGCGCCCGAAGGGCUUGAUAGGCGGAGGGAAGAGCCACACAACGGUUGAUGGAGGUAGUCCCUAUGUGCCAAGCCUUUAUUGUUUCCCUGGCAAUGCGGUCGCUUCCUAGGCCCAAAAUUUAGACAUGCUGAAAGGCGAACGUGUGUCCGGAAUCGGCGCAGUGUUCGGCCACCAGGGACAAAGGGUCCAUUCGCCUUACUGCCCUCAAAUAUAUAUAUAUAUAUAUAUAUAUAGAUAUUCACUCAGGAAUGGGCGCACACCGAUUCAUUGGCUUCCCGAAGCAAACAAGCUUCGUAUGGGCGAUAGGGGUCACGAACAGACAACCACCUACCAGGCCGAAGUCGGUCAAGGUAUGCUGUAUCAAUCUACCCCCCAGACUCUGUCGUAUCCGCUCUGCUAUCACAGCUUGGCCGACUUCGGCCUGGUAGGUGGUUGCCUGUUCGUGACCCCUAUCGCCCAUACGAAGCUUGUUUGCUUCGGGAAGCCAAUGGAUCGGUGUGCGCCCAUUCCUGAGUGAAUAAAUACCCGAUCUGCAGCGACAGAGAAUGGCAGGUGGCGAGGCACUGAUGAACUUCGGUUCGAUGAAGUGCUUAUGACCCAUCUGGUGGACCCCAGUGGUGGACCAGCUGCGCCAGGUGCGUCUGUGCACAUGUUUGUGUUUCCGGUCCCAGCUGGUGGUCAGGGUUAUGGUUGGCUGAACGAAGGCAAACAAGCCCAAAACAGUGCUGUAUCAAUCUACCCCCCAGACUCUGUCGUAUUCGCUCAUAUAUAUAUAUAUAUAUAUAGGUAGGCUAACUCAUGAGAUGUCAACCGAAAUUCCGAAAUGCGUUUUCGUUUCGAGAAGUUUAAUUAAGUAGAGUUGUGAAACUAGCCAUCCUGUAACAUAAUUAUAUAAUAUUUCAGUCACGUCAGGAUGCCGGCUUCCGAAUGAACUUCGUUCCGGCUGCAUGCAAAAAUUACACUCUGUAAAAAAUGACCACUUAUGUAGCAUGAAUUUUUCUCAUUGAUUUUAGAUGCCCCUAAAAGUCCAAUUAUAUUUCGUGGGAAGAAUGCAUAAAAUAUUCGCUCUUUUGCUCAUUCGAUAGAAAAUUGCGUCUUCUUCUAAUUUUAUACUCGAUGGAGGGACAAAAAAUUUCUAAUUGAGGGACUUUUAAAUACCGCGAAAUGGCCGUUCACAAAACGUCAUGUCUGCAUUUGCCAAUGUGGCUUGUAAAGUUAACAAUACGGAUCCAAUCCACUACUAAAUUUUAUGAACGAUAUAUAAUCCUCCUUUAUUACCGUAGAGAAAUGUGUGGUUUUCGUACUCGGAAAAUAUACGGCUUGUAGUUUGGAAACCCUGAGUCCAAGUGUAACGGUAGAGCGGGUUCAAAAUUAUUCGGGAAUUGGAAAAGUGGAUAAUUUCGGAAAUUACUCAAUGCAGUACAUGGAGUUAAGUCUGUGGAACAUGACUUAAGGGUCAGAACCGAAAUGUCAAUGAUUAUUUGAGUCGAAGACAGUAGACUUCUGGGGAAUAACCACGUAAUGCCCAUUCUACAAACGAGUAGUACUACAAGUAGUAGUAUAUGUAUAUAUAUGGGCCAAUUAUGAUCACCUCGCCCAGUUUGAUAGACUAUCCUGAAACAUUUGCGUUACUGUCGACGAAGUUGUAGAACUUCCGAUGCCUGCUAAUUUUUUUGAGUGGUCUCUUGAUGUGAUGGAAUUUGAAUAGAGUUUACUCACAAGCAAAUAAGCUCAUUCAACACAUUUGCCUAGCUCCAUUCAUCUAUUGCUCAUGAAGAAUCUGGGUAAGCGCCCAAAACACCGUUAAACACUUCGUAAAGUCUCUGGAGCGAUGUCCACCACCCGAAACAAUCCGUGUUUUGUAAAAGCAUACUUCCGACCGUUUCCCUGAGUACUUCAGUCGCGCCCAGUAACUGUUCCCCUGACCAGGUAGAACGAAAUUUAUCAGUCGAUUAAAUUCUCUCCUCUGAAUCCAAUGUGCGCCAAACUCACACACUGUGUUCUAAUCACAUCGUCCUCCCCCCCCCCUCACCCCACUUAGGUAACAUGGCUGAAGAACUCACUCCACGCUGCCUUACGACGGGAGUUCGCGGAGUUUAUGCUCACCGACAAGAAGGCAGUGGAGUUGAGCGAAGCCCUGCGCAAGUUCGCAUACACGAAGGUUCCAGAUGAACAGUUCUACGGAACUCUCGCCUACAAUCCACAAUUGGGUGCACCUGGUGCCUGUCUGAAGCUACACGAGCGCCAUGACCAGGGUGUGCAUCCGAUACGGCUGCCAGGACUAGUUCGAUACAAAUUAUGGCAGCCAAGUCCCUGUCCCACUAAAUACACUCGCUGGAUAUGCAUCCUUGGUUCACAGAGUUUGCCAGACCUGAUCAGGGCACCGCAUCUCUUUGCCAACAAGUUCCACGAGGAGUACUUCCCCGAGGGCUAUGAUUGUCUGGAGUACGAGAUCGCCAAGCGCAGUUACGAGGGCACAGCCAAUCAUUUCUAUCCGUCCUUAUUUGCGAACCUCUACUGUUCAUCGGAGCAUAUUUGA